GUGUGGGUGUGUCUCAGUCUCAGGUGCUGAGGAAGUGUAUGUAAGUCCGAUAUCUGGUAAGACAGUUUCAUACUGAGUGAUGACGAUGUUGAGGACACUGAGUUUGGCGCUCGUAAUUGGCUUCCUAGUCAAAGGAUGCCACUCACAGUUGAAUGUGUGUGGUGUGGCUUCUCUAAAUACCAAGAUAGUGGGAGGACAGGAUGCUUCUCCAGGUUCUUGGCCUUGGCAAGUCAGCUUGCAGGUUUCUGGCAGCCAUUUCUGCGGUGGAUCCCUCAUCAACUCUAACUGGGUUCUAACAGCGGCCCACUGCUUUGCAAGCAUUACUGCUCCACAAGCGACCGUGUAUCUGGGUGAUCAGUCACUGAGCACUCAGGGAAGUAACCCAAAUGUAGUGACCAGAUCUGUUUUGCAAGCCAUCAAACAUCCCAGCUACAGUUCAUCCACGAAUGACAACGACCUCGCCCUGCUGCAGCUGAACUCUAGCGUGACCUUCACUCCUUAUAUUACGCCUGUCUGCCUGGCUGCAGCCGGAAGCACAUUCUUCAAUGGCACUCUGACCUGGGUCACUGGCUGGGGAAACACCGCCAGUGGAGUAAGUCUCGCCUCUCCAAAGACCCUGCAGGAAGUACAAGUCCCAGUUGUUGGAAACAGGAAAUGUAACUGCUUAUAUGGAGAUGGAACUAUCACUGACAACAUGAUGUGUGCUGGAUUGCUGGCAGGGGGCAAAGACUCCUGUCAGGGAGACUCUGGAGGUCCACUGGUCAGCAAACAGGGCGGUGUUUGGGUCCAGGCAGGCAUUGUGAGCUUUGGUUACAGCUGUGCUCUGCCAAAUUACCCUGGAGUGUAUACUAGAGUGUCUCAGUACCAAGACUGGGUCAACCAGCAGAUCACCAGCAACCAGCCAGGCUUUGUUAGAUUCAAUUCUACUGGCUCUGAUGGGGACCUGAGUGUGUCCUGUACCGGCCUGCCUACUGUUGCUACAAACACUACAACCACUACAACCACCAUAACCACCACGGUCUCUACAACUACUGCUUCACCUGUGGUGUGUGGCAGUGCCAAGCUGAAUACUGUUACAGGAGGGGGCAACUCCUUGGCAUUUGCAGGUGUGUGGCCAUGGAUGGCCAGCCUGCAACGUAGUGGUACUCAUGUCUGUGGAGGAACACUGGUAGCUGAGCAGUUUGUCUUGAGCUCCGCUGAUUGCUUCUCUAGCUCCACCAAUGCUUCUGACUGGACUGUAAUUCUGGGUCGGCUCAAACAUAACAGCUCCAACGCCAACGAGGUCUCUAUAAGCGUGACCAAAAUCUCACUGAGCAAUGGUACAGCAAACAAUGUAGCAGUACUGCAAUUGUCUCGCAAGCCAACACUCACAAACUACAUUCAGCCCAUAUGUGUGGACCUGGGGGACAACAGCUUCCCUGUUAACACUCAGUGCUGGGCAGCUGGCUGGGGUUCAGGAGGAGGAGUUGAGCAGACUCUUCAGCAGUUUAACACAACUAUACUGAACUGUGGUAAUGCAUCCUCAUCUAACAGCAGCAUCUGCACAGGAGUCAUGCCCUUAGAACAGACUAAUAAAGGAGGUCCUCUGAUGUGUAAGAUUGGACAAUCAUGGGUCCAGGCUGCGGUUUUGACCCUGUCCAGCAACAGUGGCACUAACACUAGCUCCAGUAACAGCACCAAGACAGUUCGUGCCUCAAAUGUCCAGCUCUUCACUAAAACCUCAAGCUUCUCAGGCUUCCUGAACGCUGUAGUGGGCACUUUCCCUCCCAAAGCCAGCACCACAUCUACUACGACCACCACCGUCAAGCCUGUCGUGUGUCGGGACGUGGACAGGGAUAGCACCAGGAAUGUUUUGCAGUGGAGAGGCGCUAUACCUAUGGUUGUGACGGGGAAAUACAUGAACGGGGCGGGCUAG